GAUCAGUAUACAUGUAAUUCUAAUUAGAAAUUCAAACAGUAAUUGAUUUGUUAUUUGUUAUUAUUGUAAUUAUUUUUUAACAAACGGGAAAUCAUUUCCAAAGUAAUUAGUACAGGCGCAGACUUGAUUUAUCCAACACUAAUUUACCAAGAAAAAUCUCACAGAGUUCUCAGGUACAGAAUCUUUGAGGUAGUAUGUCUUAGCUGCCAGCCUAGCGCAUGCCACUGGUCAGAUGGACUGAGGAGAUCAAAGCUACCAAUGUUGACCGGAUAGUUUGUUGGAUAGUCUGCAUGUCACGGUUGGGGGAAGAAAUGAAGCUCUGGAACUCUGCAAUAUGUACUUUGCUCGCCCUGUUGUUGAUCCACAGCCUCCACCCUCGGGUCAAGGCCACGCUAACUCCACCAAACUCAACCACAGAACAGACCUCGAACAUUUCUCCAGCACCCGAUGCCUUGUCCACUGUUACUGAUCCACCAAUCGUCAAUAAUCCACCAAGCGUCACUAAUCCACCAAUCGUCACUAACCCGCCUACAGUCACUGAUCCACCAAUUGUCAAUAAUCCACCAAGCGUCACUAAUCCACCAAGGUUCACUAAUCCACCAAGCGUCAUUAAUCCACCAAUCGUCACUAAUCCGCCAAUCGUCACUAAUCCGCCAAAGACUACGAAUGCCCCAGUCUUUGUCCACUCGCCAACUACAACAAUACCACCUGAAGUCCACACCACCGUGACGGCCGAAGCAUCUGAAAACUCGGACGAACCAGACUCGUGGAACUGGUGCACUAUAUUCCUGCUAGUCAUCUUUGUAUUUGUUGUAACGUCUUGUUUCAUAUUUUGUUCCUGUAUCACCGCAAUCAUAACCUCCAGACACCCAAGAGGCAACAGCAAUGUCCCGUUUCAUCCACGUCCACAGGACGCCAUGCCUGAACAGGACUUUGUUCCUAGAGGCUACCAGUACUCACGUUUAACAGAAACAGUGACACCAACGUCAUAUCCGGCUUACAAUCAACCGAGUACUUCCAACUGCGCGGCCCCCAUGUACAGGCGCCCCCCGCCCAACUACCCACCGUAUGCGCCGCUUGCCGUCCAUUCGUUGUUUUACGGCCAUGCUACUUGGGGUCUGAUGUCCAACAAGAACAAACGUUUGGCUAUAACUAACAUCCCAGAGGUCAAAGAUCAUCGGAUGAUGGAAGAAACUAGAAAUGGAGACGUGGAGACAAACACGGAUGGGGCUCAUGGAGAGGAAAUGAAUAUAGGUCAAGGCGACCUGCCUUGUGGUAAGCAUCAAGGAACGCUGACGUUUUUGGCGGGAGAGACGGAAGUGUGUGGCCUGGGGGACGGGGAUUUUUGCCAUAAAGGAGAUCCACCGGACACUGCCGUCUAGUCAGGCACGAGCUAUGAUUCAUGCCAUUCCGCUAGAACUUUCUAAAAACAUUGAUAACUGGAGUCUGUUUUUAGAAAAUAGCGUAUUUAAUUUUUAUGUAUGUGAUUUAUUACUGUUGUAAUUGGGUGGAUUUGUUGAAUUUGUAUCUUUUAAAAUGUGAUAACCUUAUGGCUUUAUUUUAAUUUUAUUUUGGAAGACCUAGAUCUAUAUUGUAUUAGCAUAUUAGCAUGUACUGAUAAUGUCA